AUGAAGCACAUAAGGCCCAGCCCAGUCCAUUAUUUCAAUGCAGUCCUGAAGAUCCUCAUCAGCCUCCGGUGUCCAUCUCCUGACAUUCCCAGUGUUUACACAGUGCUGCUCGACUACAGGCUUAUACAAGGGUUUGAGGUGGACGAUCAUGUUUUGUUCCUGUUGGGGACGCUGUUUCCCUGUGGUCAUGUGGAGGCCCAAUCCACCACCAUUCAGUUUCUGAAAGAGGCCGCAUUGAAAUGGACAGGGACUCUGACCUGCGACCCAUGGGACUGCAAUUGUACUUUCACUAAACAGCGUGGCUGCUGCUGUGCAGCCAAUGAAAUGUACCAAAUAGAACAGGAUACCUUCAUAAGGAUUAAAUAUCUGUGGCACUCUAUCAGCACACUGAAUAGCAGAGUACAGGAGAUCACAGCCGGUGCCAAGGUUUCCUUCAAAGCCACCAUGGACCCAAAUAUUGCCAUCGCAAUUCCUGGAUCUACUGAACGUUGCUUUGGUCCUUUCAACACGAAUGUGCCAAUCCCCUAUGCAAUUGUCAGUCUUAACGAUGGGGAUGGAUAUAACCCUUCCUUGGGUGUCUUCACUGCCCCAUGUGCUGGUGUUUAUCUCUUUUCCUUCACAGCCUACUCAUACGUGACAAAAGGGGAGCGCCUCUACCAUAAAGUUCAUCUGAUGAAGAAUGGGAUGGUGGUGGUCAGCGUGUGGGAGAACAAUCGAGAGGAUGGUGAAGACAGUGGCACUCAGGUUGUGCAGCUGGAGAUGAAGAAGGGCGAUCAGGUCUACACAGAGCUGAUGUCCGGGAGGAAGCUCUGUAACCAACUGCAAUACAAUAUCUUUACUGGUUACAUUCUGUACCCCCAUAUUAAUGAGUAA